UCACCAACCAAACACCGCAACGCGCUCCUCUGCCCCUCAUUUCUACUCUCUCUCUCUCUCUACCUGGCGUUUGGCCCCUCCUUCCACCUUGGUCUUUAAAGUCUCCGUAAACAGAAAAAUCUUUCUCACAAUUUCAAAGCAUCACUCUGUGGAGAGAGAGAGAGAGAGAGAGAGGUAGAUCAGAGACAGAGAGUGAGCAGUGAAAGAGUGGUCCAACCAUGUCCAGCAGCAACUCAGGCAGUUCUUCUCUCCCCCACCAAAGACUUUUGGGGAAGGUGGCAUUGGUGACCGGCGGCGCAACCGGGAUCGGCGAGAGUAUUGUACGUCUCUUCCACAAGCAUGGUGCCAAAGUGUUUAUUGUGGAUGUAAAAGAUAACGUUGGGAAGCAUCUAUGUGAGGCUCUUGGAGGGGACCAAAAUGUGUGUUACAUCCAUGGUGAUGUAACUAUUGAGGACGACAUUCACCGUGCAGUUGAUGCGACGGUCGAAAAAUUCGGCACCCUCGACAUUAUGGUUAACAAUGCUGGUGUCUCCGGCAAACCGAUUCCAGAUAUUCGCAAUGUAGACAUAGCUGAAUUUGAGAAGGUGUUUGAUGUGAAUGUAAAGGGUGUCUUCAUUGGAAUGAAGCAUGCAGCUCGUGUGAUGAUCCCCAACCACAAGGGCUCUAUUGUUUCUAUUUCUAGUGUUUCAAGUGCUAUUGGGGGCUUAGGCCCUCAUGCAUACACAGGGUCCAAGCAUGCUGUGGUGGGCUUAACAAAGAAUGUAGCUGCCGAGCUAGGGGCUUAUGGGAUAAGAGUGAACUGUGUAUCACCCUAUGCUGUAUGUACUGAUCUAGCAUUGGCUCACUUGCCUGAGGAUAAGAGGACUGAGGAUGCUAAGGCCGGAUUCCGUGCUUUUGUUGGGAAGGCAGCCAAUCUACAUGGUACCAAUUUAACGGCCGAUGAUGUGGCUGAUGCAGUGCUUUACAUGGCGAGCGAUGAGGCGCGGUAUGUCAGUGGGGCCAACCUCAUGGUUGAUGGGGGUUUUACAUGUGUUAAUCACUCACUUGGGGUAUUCCGGUGAGAGUGAUCAUACUAAGGAAGUGUCUUGUGAUUGUAGGGUCAGCCACCCUAGAGGGACCCAAGGAUCCCAAAAUUUGAUUAGGUCUAAUGGAAUAAAAAGUUUUCUUUUAUAAGCAAACAAUGAAACAAGAGUUGUUAAAAGUGUUCGUGAGAGAAUCAGAUACUGAUGAUGUUGUCAAUGAGGUUUGGAAGUCAAUUACUAUUGUUAUUACUA